GGCAUGUUAUGGGCAUAUUCCAUUAUUUCUGCCAUUCGACCCCCAGACUUGGAUGUGACCUACGUAAAUAUGACAGUGAAUAAUUCCUCGUAUUUGAAGGAAGUGUUCACCCCCACUGAUGAACUGGGGUGUAAACCAUUCCUCAACAACAAAUAUUCCCCUGCCCACAGCUGUAAUAUGUCUGUAGAGGCCGCGUAUCUCGGGUUCAUCAGUCUCAUGCUCACCAAUCUCAACAUCCUGUGUAUCUUUAUCAUGGGAAUAGCCUUCCUCAAGAUAAAACAAGUGGCGCCCCAGCACACCACGACGGACUCCACGCGAGAUUUCUGGAGUCAAGAUAUCCACGUGGUGAAGGAGUCGUAUUCUACGUCUAAAGGUCCUCAGAGCAUGCAGCUGGCUGCCCAGGCUCGGAAACUCCUAGAGGAGUGGAGGAAAAAGACAGGAGACUCUGCGGAGAACACCCUGAGGCUUAGAGAUAUCAUAGAGGAAGUAGAAAAUAGUCCCGAGUACAAUAAAUUCUUGCCUAGGAUUGGUGGAGGAAAUCAGGAGGGGACUUAUCCGGAUCUGUACUCCCGUUACUUAAAGAAAGACUUUGAAAAUGCUUUACACCAAGUUCAGGAAGGACUUGUUCCUGAGACAAGAGUG